AAAUAUAGAAUUUUCAAUACCAAUGCUUGUGUAAAUACAAAUAUGUAACAUCUCUUGAUCAAUAAAAAUUGGUUAGGAAAUAAUUUCAUUCUAAGAGUUCCUGUUAUAAUCGUUUUCUUUUAUAUUUCCGGUAAUUAAAUACAUUAGAAAAUAUUUUGUUGACGCAGCGUCUGGAGUGAAUCUUGUUUUACUGAUCAUAUUUCAACAUGCAUCUGAUUAUAACAAAUCUGACGGAGGAUUUUGACUGCGAUAAGCAUUAAUUCAGUCUAUGAAUUAUUUCUAACAAACCUCAUUCUUCAUUCACGUCUAGAGGCAAAUCAUGAAUUUUUUACCAAUUCUUUUCUUUUGUACCACAUUUGUUACUUAUGUUUACAGCAAUGUAAUGCCUGCUGGAGAUGCAGAAGAAAAAUUAUGUCCGCCACCAGAAAACAUUGCGCCCUGUAUUUGUUUUAAGGCUCCCAUUACUGAGAGAGUAACAGCACAAUGUUCCAAUUUCACAAAUGCCUAUGAUAUAAAAGCCAUAUUUGAUAAAAAUCCAAAUUGGAAUCUUCAGGAUGUCUGGAUCGACAAUUCCGUGAUGGCCUUUCUUCCGGCAAAGAUGCUUGAGAAAGCUCAGUUCCAGACUCUCAAUGUUUCUUCGACAACUUUAAUUACUUUGUUCGACACCACACCAGUCACAACCCCAGAGCUCAAUCUUUAUAUGACUGAUGUGAGACUUCAGAGAGGAUUCCAAUGGAAGUCCAUUGCCAAUUCCACCUUACUGGAAUUGGGAAUUUGGAACAUGAGUGUUAAAAGCUUUGGCCAAGAAUUUAAAGACAAUGUUCCAAAAAAAGUGCAGAGAUUGUGGUUUGAAAACACUGGAACGGUCAGCAUCAGAAAUCAAGCAUUUUCGCUUUUACAGAAUUUGCAGAUUUUAGUUCUCAAACGAGGGUCUUUGAAAAAAAUAUCAAGAGACAUGUUUCCAAGACCGUGGAAUGUAGUCUAUUUGGACCUCAGCUACCAGAAAAUUGCAGAUUUGCCAGAAGAUAUGUUUGUGGAUCUUCCAAAGCUGGGAUUCUUUCUUUUCGAAGGAAACAUGCUUACGACUAUCUCGGAAAAAGUGUUCAUUAAGCACAAAGUGUUUUACUCUUUUAAUGGUAAUCCCAUCAAUUGUGACUGCAACAUAAAAUGGGUUAUCGAAAAAAUGAACCCGUCGUUUUUGAUAGGAAAAUGCGUCGAACCCGAAUCGCUCAAGGGAACAGAGCUGAAAACUCUGACACCAGAAAACUUUAGAUAUUGUCACUGACAUCUCAGUGUUAGAUAUAUACAUAUAGUGUUAAAAUAAUGAAAUUGAUAUCUUUUUCUUCAAAUAUAAACGUAUUUUAGGAAAAUAAUUCUUC